AUGGGUCAGGACGACCACACAUGCUUUGCGACGAUUUUCGACGCCGACGUGGCGGUUAUCCCACUGAUAUCGAGGACCUCGAUCCGGCACGCCGACCCGCAGACAGUGAAGGAGUGGCACCGCGACGAGGCAAUCCGCGUGCUGAAGUUUUUCCGGACCGCUGUUUUGGCCGAGCUGCGGCGCGAGGGUAGGAAAUGGGAGUGGGCGAAGCCGUCCGAAGACGAGGUGCAGGAGAGGCUCGCCGACUGCGACGAACCCCUUCGAGAUAAAAUUCCCGAUACCGUCCGGGACUCGGACGCGGGCUCCGGCCUGCUAGCAAUGAGCGCGUUGAUCUGGGUUGUGAGGCGGUUCCAGCGCCUGACCGGCGACCUCCGUCGCAUUGCCACCAGCAUGGACAAGCCCACCGUCUCGGGGUUGAAGGCGCUGCGGAACGAGAUGGUAGCCCUCAUCAAGAAGCAAGUCCCGCUUAUACGGUCGGGGAAAACCGUUGUUGCUGCCGACGCCUGUGACGACGACGGCGAGGAAGUCCAUUCUGCAUCCGUACCAGUAGGGGUCGCCCCGAACGUCGCUGAUGCGCGUGGCAAGUCGGGAGUCGGCGUCGACGAGGCCGAUGCGGCCGCAGGAAAGGGGGUGACCGGGACUGAGGUUGUUCACGGGGAUGAUGAUGGGGUCCAGGAUCGCGAGGAGGAACGUGAGGGUGAGGGGGGCUCGGAGGAGUCGUCGGGGUCGAGGUCGGGGUCGGGAUCGGGGUCGGGCUCGGAGUCGGAGGAGGAGCAGGAGCAGGAGACGCAGGAGCACAAGAGGCAGCACCAGGAGGAGCAGUUGGUAGAGGUGGAGGACGUGGAAAUGGCGGAGGUGUACGUUGUCGGAGGAGCGGAGGGGUACGUUGUCGGAGGAGCGGAGGAAACGGGUGGGAGAUCGGUGGAUGUCGAGAACGACGAAGGGGAGGGGAAGGGUGCGACAGCGAAUAUCGGCGAGGUCGGCGUGGAGGCGGCUCACGGAGGUGGUGGCAUGGUCGAGGUCGGUGAAGGGGAUAACGCCGCGGUCCCGGAGCAGAGGGGCGUGGAUGUGCAUACCGAUGCCACCGCGGAGAAGGCCGGUGGGGAGCGAUCUAGGAGGAAGAAGGCGGCGAGCGGUCAUCCCGGUUCCACCGCGGCUGGGCGGCAGGCGCGGCUGGACGUCGUCGAUCAGCUGAGGGCGGAGAACAGGCGAUUGCGUGCAGACAAUGCACUCCUUGAACGGCGGCUCGGUGAGCAGACGGGGCGGGUCGACAGCUUGGCGGCGGCAUUAGCUGGGCUCCUCGAGAAGGUGAAGGGUUUGACCGCUCAGGUCGCCGACACCGACCGGAAAUCGGAGGAGCGCCUCAAAGAGGCCACGUCGACCAUGGCGACCACAAUCACCGAGGGCCUCACCGACAACAUGGACAGCGCCAUUCAAUCGGCCAAGUCCUUCGCCGAGCUAGCGAGGCAGACGCUGCUGGAUCUUGACGACCCCAAGGGACGAGCGGCGGUCGCACGCGCGACCGCGGUGAAGACAGUGACCGAGCACGUGACGGCGGAGGUGGGCGAGGCGAGGAAGGGGUUGGAGGAGUCGUUCAUCAAAUACAUUGGCGCCGCGCAGACCAACAUUGCCGCCGCCGUCGCGCCCCGCCUAGUCCAGCCGCCGCCGCCUACCGGCCCAGCGCAGGCCUUGCCGGAAGAUUUCCUGAAGUCUUUCAAGGAGGACGUGCUGAAGGCGGUGACGGAGACCACGCAGCAGUCCUUCCUCGCCUCCGGACUGAAGAUAAUGGCCGAGGUCGUCGGCACGGUGGCGUAUGCUCGGCGUGGGUCGUCGCCGUCGGCAAACGACGCCGGCCAAGCGCAACCUACGGAGGGCUUGAAGCUGGGUCACAAGAGGCGGGGAGGCGGCGGGGGGGGCGACGGGGACAAUUCGGCGAACACGAAGCGAAGCAAGGGAGGCGGGGGGUCUGGCGGCGGGGGGGGGGACGGAGACGAUUCGGCGGGCGCGAGGCGGACCAAGGGAGCGGCUGGUUCUCGCGUCGCCGGCGAUGGGAGCAUGGGAGCCGGCGACGGCAGUUCGUUGAAGCAGUCGGGGAAGAGCGUGGUCGACAUCCUCAGGAAGCACUGGGCUUAG